AUGAACCAGGCUCAGUUCGUGGACUUGUGGGAGAGGUCUGCAGAAGCUGACGCAUUCGAUGCCUUCAUCUCCCACACAUGGGCGACGCCUGGAUAUCAGAAGUUCCUGUCCUUACUCCUCAGCUCAUACUGGCACUAUGCAAUAGCGGCCUGGCUCCUCUCAGCGAUCCUACUGACGAUUCUCUAUGCUUUAGGUGUUCUGCCCUUGGUUGUCUUGAUUGCAAGCAACAUGCAGGGGUAUCAAGUUGACAUUCCGUGUGGACCUUGGAUUUUUCUGUCGACGUUUUUCUCCGCAACUUGCGGACUCUUCUGUGCGCCCUACCUAGCUUCUUGUACUUGCCGCACGUCCAGAUGCUUCUACGAUGCCGCUUGCGUGAACCAAGUAGAUCCUGUGCAGCGAGAGCGUGGAAUCUAUGGGAUUGGCGGAUUUUUGGCCAUUUCUCGGCAAUUAUGGAUACUGUGGAGCCCACCCUACCUCUCGCGCUUGUGGUGC